UUGCCUUAAUCCUCGAUCAGCUUUUUGUAAGGAGCGGGCGAUACCGUCGGAACCCAUUUAUAGACUCACGAGCUUGCUAUUGCAAUUGUUUUAUUCAGUCCUAAGAGGAGCCAUGGAUAAUGCAAAGUACACCUCUCAAGAACAGGAGCAGGCCAAGAAGCUUAGGCUCAAGUUGGAAGGAUGGCGGGAGGUGGUGCUUCCCCUCAACUCUGUCCUGCUCUGGAGCCAACCCUACUACCCUGCGUGCAUCUUUGGUGCUGUCACCACUGUCUUCGUCUUGCUGUGGUAUCUGGAGCCAUCCCUGCUGACCACCUUCUCGCUGAUUGGCAUGCUGGCAUGCCUGCUCGACUAUCUGGUCCCGCUGCUGCUUGCCCAGCUUUGCAGUCCAGACAAAUGGACCAGUCAGCAUGAACGCCAGCUGCAUGACAUAUGCCUUGACAUGGCGCAUGCAUGGCACUCGGUGCUCAACGCCUGUGCAUCCAUCAAGAAGGCAAAGCAGGACAAACCCAAGGCGUAUGUGGUGGCGGUGCUGAUCUCUCUCCUUGUGGUGGCGUGGAUUGGGAAUGCUUUUGACAACCUCUUCCUCACUUAUCUCAUUGUGCUCUUCCUUGCAAUGAUUCCUGGCAUGAAGCACCACGGCAUCUUCAAGAAGUACUUCUCAGCGACUGUCCUCACCAUCAGGAAUCUCAUUGCAGGCAAGAUGAAGAAGAACUAAUCUUGUACGACCACUCUGCGGCUGAAAGCAUUAUUAAGCACAAGUGACAAAAGGGAAAUGAAACUGCUUGCUGGUGUGCUGAUGUAAAGAGCGAAGUGUGGAAGGACCGUGAAAAAUCUGCUGACGCCUGCCCCGCUCUACUUCAGUUGUGAAAGCUUCAGCGGCUGUACCGGAAAACCGCCUUGUGCUGUCAUAUGGUCAUCGUGCAUGUGACACUGUCACUGUAUAUGUACUGCCUUUGUUGAACCUAUCCAACAGGCAUCCUAGGAUGUGUGCCGUUCUCGCUCCUUAUUUAUGUUCUUGAGUGUCGUGGUCAUUCACAUUUCUUUGUGCUUUGUUAUAGCAUUUGAUGCUUUAGAACUUUGCACUUUGCUUUUAUUAUCAAUACAUAAGUUUGUAGGCAAUGAACAGGGCAUGUUUACACCGGCAAGUCGGAAAGGUUGCGCAACCUGUUUGUAAAAAAGUGGCUGCCAGUGCCCACCCCUGUACUGACAUUUCCCCGAGCGGCAGGUAUUGGAUGCACUCAGUAAGGUUAGGAGGUUACUUAAUUGCAUGCAGUAAUGUAUGUCAUGGCUGUAGCUAAAGAAAAUGUUCGGAGUUCUUAGGUGUUCUAGUUGUCCAGCUGUCCCUUGAACUUUCUUUGUCUUAUGCCUUCUAUCAGCAUCUUUCUACUGCUAAGCAAGGACAUGCUUGGAAGAAAAUAGUUGUAACCAUGUGUGCUUGCUUCAGAACACUGAUUGAAUGUACUGAACGUGUUAAGCCCCUUCAACGGCAGUAUAAAGGUUGAAUUUUCAAUCCGUAGUAAUUCCUAUUCUAAACACACUCGUCAUAUUUAGUAGAGUGGCAAGUUGGUGGAAGUCCAUCUUGUAAUAAGGGGGUUACUGCACUAUAAUCACACAGACAACAGGUGAUCGUCAUAUUUGGUGAUAUUAAACAACCUUCCUGCCGAAAUUGCUUAGGGCAAGAGCCAUCAUAUGAGAUUGAAGAAGCACCGCCAUUCGCAAUAUGUGGCUCAAGGUGUGCCUGUUGGACAGCGAGGUUAGCAAUGCAAGUCACGUUGCCGCCAGGCAACUCCUUCAACAUGUUGCACAGCCGCAGCGACUUGCUGGUGUGGACAUGCCCUUUGUAUCCCGAUACUCUCUUUCGCUGGCUGCCAGAAACAGGCAUCUUUUAGUAUAGGCAUCUUAACUGUGGAAAAGUGGGGCAUCUGAGACGAGUAGUUAUUUUAAGCACGUUAGCAUUGCGAAGCUCAAACUGAACAGAACCCUGAAAAAAAAAAAAAGUUUGCUUUUCGGUUUGCAGUCUAGUCAGCACUCUUCCCUUCCCUUUGGAACAUAUAUGCUUCAUUAUACUUACAAAAAUUAUGCAUCAAGAGUCUAAUGAAAUGAAUGAUCAUUUGCUUUCUUGUAGAGCAAGCAACAAGUAAAUACCUCUACCCCUCUUGAAGACACUUUUCGCUACAUUUUUUUCCUUUAACUUCUGUGUGUGUUUCAGGGUAUGAAAAAAGUAAUCUGUAAAACCAAAGCAAAGCAUAACUGUUUGUGCUUCUUUAUACAUCUGCAACCUUGACUGGCUCUAUGAAAAAAAAAAAAAAAAAGAUCUGCUGUUGCAGUGUGUGCAAACAGUGCCGCUUUUCAAGUAGCAUUGCUGAUGGCUGUGCUAAUAUUAUUUUCACUUGUAGACUUCUGGUGCAACUUUAGUAUGCCCAAUUUCGGGCUUAAAGGUGUGCUUUGAAAACUUGAAAUGGUACAGGUGACAAAGGGAGUUGUAACGACUGUCACAGCAUGCUGCCAAGCUGCAUAACCUUUAUUUAAUUAAAAGCCGCAAUUUUUUCAGGGAUAGCUGUCAUCUGCUUUCUGCAACAAUAGUCCAUGGUCGACAUGAUGUGUAGCUCCUGGUAUGCUGCCUAUUGGGAAAUAUAUGAAGUUAGGAAAGGAGGGGAAAAAAAAAGUGAGAAAAAGAGAACAUACAUUGAUAACUGCUUCUUUACAUAGAGUGUGGACCGCAGCAGAGAAAGCGAGACUUUUUGCUAGGACAUGCAAAGGUCAUAUAAGGUGCUGCGGGCUUUGCUGCGAGUGUGCUGUGGAUUCAUGUGCAACUUUUUUCUCUUCUGUGCUACUUAGUAGUAGAGCAUCACUUUAUCUAGAUGUGCUUUCUUGGAGAUAUUCGCAUCAUUUUUGUCAUGCCAUGUAUCGCAGAGCAGCAGAUAGUGUAAAUCAGCUUUUGAAACUCGAUUGAGGUGGAUGACAUUAAUGUGGAUUGUGCUUUUGUUGUUUGUCUACUUGAGUGGUUUGUAAAGAUCCACUGAGGCCCAGCCUUCCCACCCAGUACCUUUGUGCAUCUGCAGAGGAAAGAUAAGAUAACCUUGGCACUCCGUCAGAUUUUUCAGCAGAAAGCUGAGAAGGGCAGAAAUACAAUCAACCCAGGGCUUGGGUUUGGUAAUUGUGAAAGUCGUCCUUUUGUCGCUAAACCACUUUCCCAUUGCCAUGCAUCUUCGGUAUGACAAGGCAUGAAACUUGCUUGUGAAGUAAAGGCUGCCUUCUUAAAAGUGAUAGCAUGUGUGAAUGACCUAGCUUCACAUAGUUGCGGAGGUUAUGUACAAGUAUUAGCCAAAACCCACCUCUUGCAGCACAGUUGCAGCUAACGUGCUCUGAAUGUGCCCAUUGUCAAAGCUUACUUUUAUUCGUGAACAUUUCUUUAGCUUCCUUGUGUUCUCUUAGUUCUCUAGUAUUUUAAUGUAUGGAUUGUUUCUUGGGAUGCAUAUCAUGGUAUUCUGGCAUAUGCCUUAUGUGAAGUAGUUCACACGGAUAUAUUAACCGAGAUUGUUUAUAGUCAGCACAGUUUUUUCUUUUUCCCCUUGAGUUAGCAGAUAUUGUUAAGUUUUUUUUUAGUGAGUUUGUGAAAGCUGUGUGUGUGUAUGUAUGUACGUGUGAAUGAAUAGUACAAAUUUGUUGUGCUGUACAUCUUGAUUUAUGCCGACGCUGACAGUUGUGUGUAGUAUGCACUGAUCAACUGCAGAGUGUGAAGAACAAUGUCUUGUCACUUUUGCCAGACAAUAAAAAAAUAUAAACUGAA